AUGUAUUACAAUCACAAAAAGUUCUUUUCAAUUAUAUUGCAAGGAGUGGUCGAUGCGAAUUAUAAAUUCAUCUGCAUCGAUGUCGGAGCUUACGGAAAACAAAGUGACAGCGGAGUUUUUGGGCACUCACAAUUGGCUCGAGCCCUAGAAAGAGGUGCUCUUAAAACGAACACUUUGAAGAUACUACCUGGUACUGACAUAGAAGCACCACAUGUAGUUAUCGGGGAUGGAGGAUUUCCAUUGAAGACGUAUUUACUGCGUCCUUACCCACUGAGAGGUUUAACCACUGAGCAAGAGAACUAUAACAAACGUUUGUCAGGUGCAAGGCAAGUUGUCGAGUGUGCUUUCGGUAUAAUUUCUCAUAAAUGGCGUAUUCUACUCAAGGCUAUUGAGGUCAAGCCCGAGAGAGCUGAACACAUUGUGAAACGUAUUUGCCUACUGCACAACAUUGUCAUCAAUAAAGAAGGUCCCAGGGAUAUGAUUCCGGGAACCUCUCCUCUGUCACUUCACUGGAACACCUCUCAUUCGUCGUUUCCUGGAAGGGCAAUCAACCGUGGCUCACAUUCCUCAAUGCAAGUAAGGGAAACAUUCAAAAUGUUCUUCUCCCGGCAAGGUGAUAUAGAAACGACUAAUUAG